GAGCAUCACAAUGGCGGAAAAGUUCAUUGGUCUGCUUACUGAGUGCCUCUCUGAGCAGAAUUUUGUGAACGACUAUGGUCGGUUAUAUCCAGUUGAACUAGAUGUGGAUAUACUUAAACAAGCUUGCAAAAAUUUGGAUGGCUUUAAAGCUUCGUUCAUUGUACAAGGUUAUCAGCAGGAGUCAAGACCUUCUGCACAAAAACCAAAUUCUAAAAUGAAUAAAAAAGCACCUAGUUCAACCAAAUCCAAUAAUAAAAAUGAGCAGCAAGCAAAUCGUGUUUCCAAUGCCACAACCACCACCACCGGAACUCCAGAACGUGAUAUUGACUUAGAGGUCACAUCUGUUUUGGAUGUGCUACCCCAUUUAGGUACCGGUUUUGUGCGUCGCGUACUUUCACGAUACGACAAUAGCGAAGAGGCGAUUGCCGCUAUUCUUGAGGCGAACCUGCCACCCGAUCUAGUGCACGCCGACCAAUCAGAAGUAUACAUACCGCCAGAUCCACAAGAUAAAACUUAUCAGCAGACGGGGAUUAGGCAUUUCAACAUAUAUGAUGGGGAUAAAUAUGACGUAAUGACCCAAGACAAUCCGAAAUGUAUCAUAAAGCAGGGAAAAGGUAUGCCGAAUGCUCCGAAAAAUGCUGCCCAGCUAUUAGAUGACAAAAGCGAUUUGGCGCAAUAUAGAUCCCGUUACGAGGCAUAUUCACUAGUCAGUGAAGGUGAAAGCAGUAAUGACGAAUACGACGACGAAUAUGAUGACAGCUAUGAAGCGUUGUUGGAAAGUGAGACGCGAACUGUUAGGUCGAAACAGCUUAAAGCUGGACUCGCUAACGUAGAAGAUGUGUCAAAUGAUGAAAGUGAAGAUGAAGAAGAAACUAUAGAAGAUAAAGUCCAGACCGAUGUACAAUCGGAACGUAAAAAGCAAUUGAACUUCUGUGAAAAUCCAGAGGAUGUGCGUGCUCGUUACGAGGCACGUCGGCAAGCUAAAUGGAAUAACCGUAAUAGUGGCGGUGCGGAUAAUCACAAGACCCGAGAACUCAUUGGCGCGCCAAAAGGGCAAGGUCAAGAUAAAGAAACUUUACGAAAUCGUGAUAAAAAAGAGAAGAAUAAAUCAAUGCGAGCAAAUCAUAAUCGGAAAGCGGGUGCAUCAUUUAAGAGGAGCAAAGGAAUGAUGGGUUAACACUUCCACAGGUUGGUGUUUUCCGCUUUAUAUACUAUUAAUUGACAUUGAUGAUGUUGGAGUAAGUUUUUGAAUAAUAAAAUAUAAA